AUCUGAUGAGAGGAAAACGUGACAGAGAAAGCAGCUAUGUGAAUGGAGACUGCAGGGUGGAACUGCGGUCCUACCUGAGUGAACCAGAGCUUCCUGGAACAGGAACAGAUCAAGUGGACCCAGGCUACCUGACUCUUCAAAGAAGAGGCCUGUCAGGCUCCUCUUCCAGAAUAAACCAGUACGGUGUGACUUCCUAUUCACUGAGAGGAGAUUCAGCAUUAUCGACAACAGAGAGACCAAAGAGUGCCUUGGAGCGGCUGUGUUUGGGAGAGUAUCAGCCUGAUCACCUGCCGCAGAGAGGGAGGAUGAGUGUGGAGGAGCAGCUGGAGAGAAUGAAAAGGCACCAGAGAGCUCUAGUGCGCGAGCGCAAACGUAACAUGAGUCAGGGUGAGCGACAUCCCGAGAUCCCACACCCCCACACUACACACAAGCACCUGCCCACCAUCACUGUCUACGCCACAGAAGGUGUCCCAUCCCAGAGCGAGCUCAUGGAUGUGGAGUCAGAAGAAGAACUGGAUGUCCGCGAGAGAGAAGGAGACUGUUAUCAGCACCAUAGCAAAGAUGAAAAAGGCCUACUGUUCUAA